CCUCCCGUCCCCAACAUGGCGGCCUCGCAGCUCACUCACCGCGCGCGUCGUGACGUCAUCCCGCAGCGCCUCUCUGUUUCCGUGGCAACGGGCGGGCGCGGAGCGGCAGCUCUGGUGGCCACGACCCCCCCCGCCGGCGCCGCCAUGUUUGUGGACCAGACGGUGCCCGGCGCCGCGGUGCAGUCGCUGUGGAGGAGCGCCCGGAACGCGCGAUGCGAGGCGAAAAGCUGCCAGACUGUGGAAGUUGUGACAGCGGAGGCUGCGGUGCAGUCCCGGAGCAGCAGAGAUGUGGCUGUGCAGGUGGAUGGCAGCGCUGUGCCAGACAUCCAGCAAGGAACCCGUGUGGAUGAGGGCGCUGUGCUGGCGUUCCUCCGCAGAGUGGAGGGGGUUGUUAUCAAAGAACUGAACAAGAACGUGACAAGUCGCGCCUUCGAUGGCUUUGACGUGAGCUGGACGGAUCAGAACACAACAGUGCUGUGUUUGCAUACACUGUCAUACCCGGAGGCUCAGCAUCAACACCUGCAGGUUACUGGUGUCUCAUGGAAUGCAACAGGAUCUGUCGUAGCCUGCUCAUACGGCCGGUUGAAUGAUGGGGACUGGAGCACAGAGAAAUCCUAUGUCUGCACCUGGAAUCUGGAUAGAAGGAGGUUGGAUCCGCAGCGCCCCGACCUUGUGGUGGAUGCUCCCAGUUCUGUCAUGUGCUUGGCCUUCCAUCCCUCCCAGCCUUCACUGAUAGCUGGCGGUCUGUUCAGUGGGGAAGUGCUGGUGUGGGACACCAGCAAACCAGAAGACCCCUUGAUCUGGCGGACAGGAAUGACAGAUGACACUCACACUGAUCCAGUCUAUCAGGUUCACUGGCUGCCUGAUGCCAAGCAUGGAAACCACAUCCAGCUCAUGAGCGCAUCCACGGAUGGGAAGAUCCUGGUGUGGAGGGAGGAGCGAGAUGGGCGGCUGGCCGUGGCUGAAGGCUUUGCCCUGGUGGCUCAGCAGAUCCCUCGCAGCGCUCAGCUGAAGAAGCUCGUGUGGGGAGAGGUGGCAGUGGGUGUGACAUCAUUCUCCUUUUCACACUUCGAUCCCCACGUGUUCAUUGUUGGUGUGGAAGGCGGCUACUCACUCAAGUGCUCCACCACAGCAGACAGCCCAGCUCCCCGCCGCACUGCAGGUUCUGUGCCCCUCAGAGCACCAGCCGAGCUCGCCUUCUCCCCACACAGUGGGCCGCUGUACUCCCUCAGCUGCUCCCCCUUCCACAGGAAUCUCUUUCUGAGCUGUGGGACUGACGGACGUGUUCACCUGAGCUCCAUGUUGCAGACACAGCCCCUCAUUUCUCUUCAGCUGUCUACAAAAUACCUCUUCUGUGUUCGCUGGUCUCCCGUCCGACCUCUGGUCUUUGCAGUGGCUUCUGGGGAAGGAGAUGUGCACCUGUUUGACUUGGAGAAGAGCUCCCAGAAGCCUGCAGUGUCCAUAAGGCAGGCUGUGAAUGAAUGCCCCGUGUACUGCUUAGAAUUCAACACCAAGCAAACUCAGCUCCUGGCAGCAGGGGAUGCUGCUGGGACAGUCAGAGUCUGGCAGCUGAGUUCUGACUUCACCGAGCAGCGGCCCAGGGAAAUGAAUCACCUGGAGCAGCUGGUGAGUGAGCUCACAGACUGAGAGCAGCACAGCAACUGCACACAGCUCCUGAGGGCUCUGAGUGGGGAAAGCUGCUCACUGAGCCCACUGAACACCCAACUGACUACAGUGGAGUUUCAUCCAUGUGACAGAGCUGCAUUUCACCAUUAAACACAAGAUGUGGUUCGACCAGUAA